AUGUCUACCGAACAAGACACUGCCCCCACCGGCCCAUCCGAGCACAGCUAUGCCGAAAUCAUCGCCACCGCAGCCAGGGGGAACGAGAUCACCGGACUGGACAUUUUCCGAAAGACAUCAGACGACAUCACUCCCGAGAGAGUCGAACAUUUGAUGUCGCAGAUGCACGAAGAUCAACCCGUUGGUGGUACAGACAUGUCUUAUGGAGACAGUGAUACACAGCGUCUUCGCUUCUGGAAAUCCAAAUCCCCCAAGGCUCCAAUCGUCGUAUUCGUCCACGGAGGAAGUUGGAGAGUAGGAACAUACUUGGACUCGAUAGGAGCAAAGAAAGUCGACCAUUUGCUCACCAAAGGCUACGCAUUUGCCACCAUCAACUACACCCUCAUUCCUCAAGUCAAGGUGGAAGAACAAGUCCAGGAGGUAGCCGACGCGGUCGGCUUCCUGGUCAAGAAUUCCCAUGAACUUGGGUUUAACAAUGAACGAGUCGUCUUAAUGGGACAUAGCUCUGGAGCACAUGUCGUUACCCUGCUGGGGACUGACACCAGUUACCUGGAGCGCGCAGGGGUGGAUAUUCGCACCAUACAAGCCGUCGUCUCGAUCGAUGGCUCCAACUACAAUGCGUUGGCUGAGAUGAUGGACAGUCCGGGUCCAGUAGCACAAAAUAUGAUCUACGGACUAGGCUCUGAUCCGGAGAGGCUGCGCGCAAUGUCGCCGACUUACCAUGCCCGUGCGCCAAAUGCGAAAGCUUUUCUUCUACUACAUGCCCAAAGGCAGGGCGACAUUCGCCAGGCAGUCGAGUUUGAUGCUGCGUUGACUGCUGCUGGUACUGAAGUUGCUCUGCAUGUAUUUGAAGGCGAGGGGUUUGAAGGACAUGUGCAGAUGCUACUCAGGCUUGGCGAUCCGGAAUAUCCUGCGACUUUAGUCAUGGAUAAUUGGCUGGGCAAGUAUGCUCCAGCGGUCUAG